AUGAUGCCAAAAUUACUAGCUGAAAUCCCGGGAGCUAGCCGGGACCUAGUGACUGCUGUGCGGCCUGUUCUAAAAGAAUGGGUCGAACGCAAGCAUGGCGCACCCUCCUUUUAUCUCACGCAGCUCCUGACGGGGCACGGCUGCUUCGGUUGGUACCUGUGUGAGAGGUUAGGAAGAGAGCCGACGACGGCGUGUCACCAUUGUACCGGAGGAGCCGUGGAUACGGCCCAACACACACGCGAAGAGUGCCUUGCGUGGGCGGAGCCUCGCACUGCCCUGUCGGCAGCUGUGGGAGGAGACCUCUCACUGCCGGCGCUAAUACGCCGCAUGCUCAGCAGUGAGGAGAUAUGGGCGGCAGUGGCCACCUUUAGCGUCACCGCUAGGCUUUAG